UGAAAAGUAGCCAGUCAAAAGCCAUGAAAUUUCCUCAGGUGUGGCCUCUUUUCUCCCCACAUUAUGACUAAUCCUUAUUAGAAAAAUUCCGGGGAAAGAAGAAGACCGAACCAGAUAGAAAUUUAUCUUCUGAUCUUAAUCACUGAACGAGAGGGACCUUUCUUCUCUCUCGUCCCCCCUUCUCCUCUGAUACUAAUUCAACCAGAAAUGCAGGUUUCGUUCAUCAAAUUUUUAUUAAUCUUCAUCUGUCUCCUUCCGAUAUGUCAUUGUCUUAAGCUUGGCGAAACAUGUUCGAAUUCAUCUUCAACCAACACCUGCGAUGCCGGGUUGAUUUGUGGAUCAUGCCCUGCUAACGGCAAUACCCGACCCAGAUGCACCCGCGUCCAACCCGUGAGCCCAACUUCAAAGGUGAAAGGUCUUCCGUUCAAUCGAUACUCAUGGUUGACGACCCACAACGCCUUUGCGUUAUCGGGGUCCCAGUCAGCUACUGGGUCAGCCAUUUUGGCGCCCACCAAUCAGGAAGACACUGUAACCAAUCAACUGAAGAAUGGCGUUCGAGGCCUAAUGCUUGACAUGUAUGACUUCAACAAUGACAUCUGGUUGUGUCACUCCGCUGGUGGGAAAUGCUACAAUGUUACUGCAUUUCAACCUGCUAUCAAUGUGCUGAAGGAAAUUCAAGCGUUUCUGGAAGAAAACACUUCAGAAAUUGUCACUAUUUUCAUUGAGGACUAUGUCAAGUCUCCACAAGGACUGACAAAAGUUUUCAAUGCAUCUGGUCUCAACAAAUUCUGGUUUCCAGUGACCAAAAUGCCUAAAAAUGGGGAAGACUGGCCUACAGUUGACGAUAUGGUCAAGCAGAAUCAGCGUCUCGUAGUUUUUACUUCUGAUAAAACCAAAGAAGCUUCAGAGGGGAUUGCUUACAAUUGGAAAUACGUGGUCGAAAACCAAUAUGGAGAUGGUGGGAUGAAAGCUGGAUCUUGUCCUAGUCGUUCAGAGUCACCUCCUUUGAACUCAAAAACAAUCUCAUUAGUUCUCGAGAAUUACUUUCCUGAUGAUCCCAACAAAACAGAAGCUUGUGUGGACAAUUCUGCUUCACUGCUCAGUAUGAUGCAAACUUGCUAUAAAGCAGCUGGCAAUAGAUGGCCAAAUUUUAUUGCUGUUGAUUUUUACCAGAGAAGUGAUGGUGGAGGAGCCGCAGAAGCAGUUGAUGAAGCAAAUGGUCACUUGGCUUGUGGUUGUGACCGCAUUGCAUACUGCAAGGCAAAUGGAACAUUCGGCCAGUGUGACGUUCCGGUGCUCUCUCCGCCCCCACCAGCACAAUUGCCACCCUCAGCUCCAGUGCCAGCAUCGGAAGUUCCUAGCAACCAUUCUCCUACAAAGCAGACAUUCCAGCUUCACUGGUUGAUUCUGGCAAUUCUCUGCUUAAUUUCUAUUUACUGAGGUUUCAGGAGGCAUGGUGUCGGACAUUUAGAUACAUUGAGAGAGAAGUGAGAUACUGUAUACUACUAAACAAGAGCAUGAGAAAAUUUAUUUCAUUUUUUUGACAGAUUCAUAAAGAAAUAAAUAUGAUUUUUUCCACCGGGGAUUAUCAUCCAUCUAUCUGUUUUUUCACUUCUCACACGUGAGAAGAGUUGUUCAAUCACACAACUACAUUAAGCUUCCGGGCGCGGCACUGUUUUCUUUUCUUAAACCGUUAUUU